AAUGGUCAGUACCAGAAACCUUGUACAUGUUAUUAGCACUAUGACAAUAAUAACGCGCACUUUUUAAAACAGUCUUUUUCAAUGAGAGAAAGCAUAUAUAAUUUGAUACCGUUGGAACAGCCGCCUAAAGCUUCCUUACCAAGGUAUAAAUCAUGCAGCCAGAGAGAAGUAAUAUCCUUAUUCAACAUUAAAAAGUUUCCUUGUAAAACUAUGGGAUUACCAAAAGUUAAUCCACCAAAUCCGCAAUGCUAUCUCAAGAUGAGACACUCAGCACCUGAAUUAUUUAGAAAGAAAGAUGAGCUGUUGAAGGGCAGUUAUUAUAAAUGCAGCCUUUCAGCUAAAAAAGAACCUCUACCAUCUCUAAAAUCUAAAUCACUGAACGUCGUAUCAUGCAAAGAUUUUAUCAAAAAGAAUAUAAAGAUGAUCGAAGCGUCAGUGCCUUCAAAGCCCAAACCAUUUGUGGUAGAUACGAGGACAGGUCAUAAGUUUGAUAUCAAGUUUUCUGGUCUUGAGCCAAUUUAUAUUAAGCGUAAGGACUUUGGGGAAUUGCCGAAAUACCUCUCUGAGCGUGAGAAAGCAGCUGCUGAAGCCCAAAAGAAUUAUGAAGAGUACAUUAAGCAACUUAAGGAAAAGAAUGCUUUGACAGUUAUCACAAAAGAUGAGAAAAAGGUUAGACUAUUUAUCGGUUUUCGUGACUUUGUAUCAACUUAGUCUUUAAUUGAUCAACUGAAA